CUCCUCUUUCUCUUUUCUCUUCCUCCUUUUCAAUUCUUUUCUCUUAUACUUCUUCUUCUUUUCUUCAUCAUAUUCUCCUCUCCCCAUCCUCUCCCACACUUCUCCCCCCCACACAUAGAGGAACAAACAACCCAAAAGUGGAGUGGCUCACGGUUUUUACGCCUGUUUUUUUAUCCCCCACCCUCCACUGCCUCCAUUAGGGGAAGUGAAAUCGCCACAGGUCCAAUCAACCCAAAAAAGCAGAAAAAUAAAAUAUAAUGUCCACUACCACAGCUUCUUUUCCCAAACCUGGAACUUCUUCACAGCCACAAUCUCAGGCUGACGAUCCAUCCUCACGUCCUCAACAAACCCUUGGCCUCAAAGCAUCCACAGAAACCCUUAGGGCCAAAAAAUCAACUUCUUCUUCUUCUUCUUCGUCCACACCUCUCACCUCUGCAGCCAACACAGGCUCCCCUGCUUCCUCACUCUCAAAUGACAAAUCUGCCACAGCCGGAGCCCUGUCUAUGACCCCUGUCAAUGGAGCAGAAAAAAAGCAACAAGAGCAACAGCAACAACAACAACAGGAAGAAGAAGAAGAAGAAGAAGAAGAAAAGUCUUUACUUUCACGCAAGCUUACUUUAAGAGCUAAUAAAAAGCGGAAAAAGGAACGCCAAGAGCAGGAACGGGAGGAACAAAGGCUGAAGGAAGAAGCCAACGAGGCUCUCCGUAAAAAACAUGGUGAAUACCUUCCACCAGGGCAAUCUUCAGGGAAAAUCCAUACUCAUCGGCCACAUCCAAACCACGACCAUUAUCAAAUGGAACGUUCAAGGUCUCCAGCCCAUCUCAGACCACAUCCCCCUAAUCAUCAAAGGAGUCAGAGCUCCGUCAGGAUCGCUGCCCCGGUGCCCUUGUCUUCUACAGCCUCUGCCAAAUCUCCUGUGUCACCCUCUCCUUCUCCUACACCCUCCACUUCCUCCUCAAUUUAUUCCUCUAAUCAGAACAGCUAUACCCGUGGGCGCAGCCGUCCAACAAGCCCAAUACGCGACAUGAUUGCCAUCCCAAUGGAUUAUGGACAUGCUCAAGCACACAUCGAUGAUUUAAAAGACCUGGACGCAGAAGGCAUGCUUUCGGAACACUGGGAAACCCAGGAUGACAGUGAAGAGGAAGAGGCGCGCGAACGCGAGCGUGAGGCGGCAGUCAAUGGCUAUGGUCGGAGGAGAAACCAUAGCAGGAAGGUCUCUAUCGACACAGACACCAGUUUCCGAUCCAAGAACUCCUCAGUCGUCCGAUUCGACCUACCCGACUUGAGGCCUCUUUCGCCAUCAUCUAUGGCUUCAUCACGUCGAUCUCGAGCAAGUACAAGUACACGCAGGAAUAGGUCGACCAUCUAUGUCGAUCGCCGCAACAAUUACAGCGAAGGCGCAAAUACCGACACUGAUACUGAUGCCGACGUACGACAGCGACAACGAGAGCAACAACAACAACAACAACAACAGCAGCAGCAGCAGCAGCAACAACAACAACAACAACAACCACAACAUCAACAAUCCGAUUACGAAACGCAAACAGCAAGUAGCGCAGACGAACAUGAUAUGGAGAUGCAGGAAAUCCACAAGAGAAACAUGUCAACCAUUGGUAUUGUGACAGGCCUGGAUCCUGAGCUUGAUGGAACAUCACGACCACACUCAAGCAUGAGUCGACAUUACCGCCCACCCUCUACAAAAUCAGGCCGGUAUCAUUACCACGCAAGGUCCAACACUCCCAACUCAAACAUGCCUUCUUCAACUUCUAAUCGCUGUCGUUCAACCUCACGCCACCGUCACCAUCCUCAGUACAAUUACCACCAGUACCCAGAUUAUAAUCAACACAAUAGGUCGAUGAGUGACCUUAGUCCGUCUGCGAUGGACGGUAUGCGUUCCAAGGCAGGAUCAAGAGCAGGAGGUGCAACAAUACGAGGUGGAGGUGAGACGGCCGCUGGUGGAGAGACUGGUAGUGUGUAUGGAACUGAGCUGUCGACAGAUGAGCAUAACUAUCUUGCUCCCUUACCGCCCUUUCAAGAAGGGCCAGCAUACACCAAAGUCCCAAAACGCAGGUAUUUUCGGUGGUGCUUUGGAGGCUGCAGGUGGUGGGUACUCUUGUUGAUCCUUUUCACCGUUCUAGGCCUGUUUGGAGUUGCAGCGGCUUUUUUGCUUCAUCAAUACCGACCAUGUAUAGCGAUUGAUCCCAAGACUGUUGAACCUAUGAUCUAUAUUAUUGACCCCACAACCGUUCAGGCACUUUCUCUGGAAUAUCAAACCAGCACAAAAGGGGUCAUUAACAUUGUGGACUCGUUAAACCUGAAUGAGACGCGUGUGUUGCUGAAGCUGCAAAGACAGUUUUACAAAAUGAAGGACCGAAGAGAUCUCACUGGUUUCCAAAUCACUACUCUUGCCAACGGCACUGUGCAAUACGUGUUGAAUGAUAUCGCCAAUGAUCAUCGAGAUUUUUUUAUUUCAUCUGUGCUUUGUUCACCAUCAAUCUUGACUAUUGAGAUGCCCAGAGCAGUCCCUGGUCAACCAGAACUCUCACUGGACGCCAAAGUGGAUCAACAGGAUGUAUUCAUCAAUGUGAACGCGGACACUCCUAGGAACGCAACUUGGAGAUUCAAGGGCAUUAGCAAUCAUGAUAUGAUGAUCCAGUCGUUAAACAUAAAUUCACUAUCGAUUUCAUACACAUCUGAUUCUCCUGCAACAGUGUUGCUCAAGUCUGUCAUUGUACGCGAUCAACUUUCAGUGACGACCGUCAAAGGUGAUAUUCAUGCAAGCAUUGGCUUUUCUAUUCCCUCCCCCGGCUCCCAGAUUUAUUCUUCCUCUUAUCCCCCGUCCAACCCACCCACCCCCAGUACAGCCAUAAUACCCGCUGUCGUGAACUUGAACACACUUGAUGGUCAGAUUCAGAUGAAUAUGAUGGCAUGGAACCAGACAUGUGCUUUCCAAGUCCACUCACCCUCUGUCCAGGUCACAAAAGCAGGGCGACUCAUCUUACCUUUUGAAGGCAAUAACGGAGGAGGCUCAAAUGGCAAUACGACUGUCAACGUUGAUGGAUUAAUGGCGCGCCUCAGUCCUAAUGGCAUCGCUGGAACUUUCACACCCGGACGAUUCCAAGAUAUGCGCGCAUCGUGGCCUCAACCCUCAUUCACUAAAAGCAGCUGUAGUACUACUGCUACUACUACUGGUGCUACUUCUACUUCUACUCCUGCUACAGAGACGAUGGCUUGCACAUCCACCAGUACUGUUACUCAGAGUACAUCUGCAUCUGAAACUUUAACACAGACUUCAUCCCCUUCAGUGACAAGCAGCAGCAGCAGCAGCAGCAGCAGCAGCAGUGAUAGUGAUGGUUGUAGUCAUACAAUAAGCACAUCGACGGUUUCAUCAGCACCAUCGUCAUCUCCAACGACAACACCUCUUAUACCUCCUGGACCCAGAGUAGGGGCCGGAGGGUCGCCUGCUCCAGCUCAGUUCAUGAUUCAAGCCAAUAGGGAUGUUGUGUUGAAUUUCCCUUAGACACCUUGUUAUCUAUUUUAUCCAUCUUCUACUUUAUUAGCCC